AUGCGGGGAUCGAACCCUGGACCUUCAGGGUUCCAAGAACAAAGUAGCUGGUCUUUAGCUAUAACAGGACAUUUAUACUGGGAGAUCAAUAAAGGUUAUGGUGGAGCACAAAUGUCCAUAAGGCGACUCUUGGAACAAAGCUUGUUAUCAGGCUUGGUAAUAAUAAAUGAAAAACAAUUGUGUAAACAGAUAGAGCUUCACUAUAUAGAAUUAAAGUGCUUAUGGUGUGGCACAGAAGCUCGUAAGGUUAGAAGGGUAAAUGGUCUGGUUAGAAAGGGUAAAUCGUCUGGUAAUUUACCUACCCGCAAAAGCACUGCCACAAUAGGAGUGUUCUGA